UCCUACCCAUCUAACCCCGAACUACAUGUACAUGUAUGACUCCGUCCCUCCCCAACUCCUGUCGUCUGCUCAAUACUAGUAAGGCAAAGAUGGAAGAGGUGCCGGAUUUCGACAUCGGUGGGGGCGAAAAGCUGAUUGAAAUGGACUCGUACAGUGAAGAAGAUUUAUUGGGAUGGUUGUUUAAAGAUAACUUGCAAAAUAUUGAACUUGUUGAGCUAAACAUUGCUCCCGAAAAUCCUGGAUUGGCACAACAAACGCAUCCACAAGCCCCAUCUCAGAUUCCGUUGGCACCCAAGCCGGUUGAAGUUGAAAGGCCUACAGUUUCUGGGCUUCAAAAAACACAGAAACGAUUUAAAACUGUUACCUCAGAAGAACUGAAAGACCUGCAAGAAAGUCGACAGGCUAAAUCAACCAAACAAAACACAAAGUGGGGAGUCAAAGUUUUCCAAGAAUGGUGUAUGGAAGCCCUGGAUCAAGUAUUGGAUUUCGCAACUACUGAAACAGAGGAAUUAAACAAUGUUUUGGGUAAAUUUUACGCCGAGGCAACCCCAAAAUUUUCCGAAAAAAGAGGCAAGGAAAUGUCAACUGCCCAGUCAAAAGAGUAUCACAAAAAUUCAAUGAAAAACAUAAGGGCAGCAAUCAACCGCCACAUUCAUGAUUUAGAUAGGGAUAUUGAUAUCGUUCGCGAUAAAGAAUUUAGGAAGGCGAAUGAAACUCUUGAUGGAAAAUUAAAGAAAAACCUCGAAAAAGGUCUCUCUCGUCCUACAAAACAUAAACAGAUUAUAACCAUGAAUGAUUUGGAAAAGAUAAAUUCUUACCUGUACUCAUCUGAUGAUCCAAUUAUCCUAAGAUUCCGUGUGUGGUAUAAUAUUGCUAUGCAUUUUGUGACCCGUGGGAUAGAGUUUCAUCAACAACUUCAGAUAAACUCGUUUGAAUUCCACUUAGAUGAAAACAAUCGUGAAUAUGCCUGUUUAUCACACGAAAUGAAACAGAAAAAUUGGCAAGGCGGAUUAGACUCUGGAGAAACUAUGAAUGACAAACGAAUGUAUUCAUGUGAAGGCGAUCGCUGCCCAGUUGCUUCAUUGAAAUUGCUGAUUUUGAAAACUGAUCCAGAUGCAACUUCACUUUUCAAUCACAUUAAUAAAGAUGCGUUGUCGUCCAAAACUCCGAACAUUUUACAACUAUGGUACACUAACAAAUCGGUCAAAUCUUACCAAUUCACAAGAUUCAUGGCAGAUGCCUCCUGUAGUAUCUGUGAAGAAUUUGAAAAGAGUGCCUCAAUAUCAAAAAGAGUUCACAGAGUAACCAAUCGGAAUAAAGAAAUAGAAAACCUAUGA